AUGCCUGUCAAUGUAGAUAUUUCCCAGCAGGCAGUCAAUAACUGGAUCAACGAGCUUAACCUCAUCGGCCUCUCAUUCACCCCCUUUGAGACCGCAGGCGAAGACCCCGCCGCAAUACGUCCCAAAACUACCAGGGCACCUUUGGGCAUCAUUCAUCAUACCAUCGAUGUACUCACACAUGGUUCUACCUUUGAUCCAGUUGAUUCCCGCUUAAACCUGGAUGUUGCCAUGGCUGAUCAACAUGCCCUUCAUAGGACAACUCAAAUGAUGCACACCCACCGGCGGCUAAACAUCGAAGAGGUGGUUAACCUCCCUCCCUAUCCCAGCAUCAACAAUCUCCUCGAUGCGAUUGAGGUGACUCAGGGUUUGGCUGGCCAGGUUCUUUCGAAAUGGGGGUCUCGCGGUGGGUUCUUUGCCACUGCAGCCACUCCUGUUGGCAUCACCUCCGGUGUUCCGACAUUCAUGCAACCUGGGGUGGUUGCCUUCCAUCCCGAGACCGUUGAUAUUCAGCGACGUUGGGGUUCUGCCCCUGUUUUUGUCCUCUAUUUAUCCGAGGAGCCAUUUGUUGACCUUCUCACCCAACAAGGCACCGAGGCCCGCAUUGAUGGUGUCAAAUCAGAGCAUGAGUCUGAAACCAAAUUGGUGAAGACAGAGGGUCUGACUGAAGACGAACCCAUGUUCGCCAGGCCUACCAUUGCGGCCAUUGUGGUGCCUGCGGAGGGUGUCAACCCCCAUCAUACUUCUUCCAACCAUGAGUCUGCCUAUUCUGCCCAUGAUGACAUGCACGUACCAUUGCCUAAGGUGCCAGGAGCGAGACAUGGCUUGCGCAUUCGGAAGGACUCUGGGUAUCUUCAAGAAUUUGCGCACGGGCUCAAGCAGUUGCACUCCAAGGCCACACGAGGUGAGGAGAUGAGUUGCAAGCUUCGUGACCUUCGCAUGGUGCUGGAAUGCAUGCCACAGGACGAUCCACUGUGGGCCACGGUCAGAUAUGACGAACUGCUUCUAGAGCCCGAGGAGGGCAUUCAAGAUGACCCCAUCUUUGACGCUUGGUUUUAUCAACAGUUACUGCUUUGUGCCUCUGGUUUUUUGCAAAUGGUGCGAGUGGACGGAACAAAAACAGCGAACGCCUGGCAGACAUCAGUGCAUUGCGGAUUGGAGCAUGGUCCUUGGUGA